CCGCUCCUAGUGCUCUUAGUGCUCGCCCGGGCCGUCAGCACUCCCCCAGGGCUGUCAACCCUCGGCAUGAUGCAAACCGGCAGCUCCAUACCCAACAUGAGGAGGGCACGCGAAACAUGGCUCAGCAGUCACCAGGAGUUCCUGGAGAUGUGGGUCAGGCGGCUGACGAUGGACAUUCAUCUGCUACAGAUGCGAAUGGACAGUCUCGAGGACACUCUGCGACGGCUGCUCAUGCGACUACCUCCUGCGCUGACGGCACCGGGGAGGAACAAAGUCACGAGUGAGGAGGUGCCCUCCGAGCUCGACACCCUGGAUGACUGA